AUGGAUCAGCAACAAGGCCAGCAGGGCCCCAUGGGUCCCGCCGGUCGUCGUCUGCACAUUGCGCAUCGCCGCAGUCCGUCAGAGCUGACACCGCUGAUGAUGGAACAGCUCGCCAUCGCACAGCAGAUCGAGGUCCUCCAGCAACAGCAGCAGCAGAUUGCCGCCACGCACCAGCAAUAUGUUAACAUGGGCAUGAUCCAGCCGCAGCAGCAGCUCGGCAACUUCCAGAUGCAGGGCCAGAUGCCCAACGUCUCGCCCCAAGUCAACAACUACCAGUUCCCCCAGCAGAUGCAGCAAAUGCAGCAGCAGCAACACCUCGCUGUCCCCAUGGGCGCACCAGCCCAGCCUGGCGCCCACCGCCGCAACCAGUCCGCCCUGCCCCAAGUCGGCAUGGGCGGCCCACCCCCCGCUCCUUCCUCCGGUUCGUCUGGCUUCGGCGAGUUCGGUGCACAACAGGGUGGCCAGGGUAGGGAAAACGUCAACCCUCGUGGCCGAGGCGGUGGCAGUGCUGGCGGCUCCGGACACACCCGCCGUCACUCGCUAGCUCUCGCCGACGCGAAGAAGGCUGCCGAACAGGCCGAAUCGAAGAGAAAGACCUCGGGCUUCCAGUUCCCUAUCCCCGGCUCGACCGAGGGUAGCUCCAACCGCGAUGCCAGCCCCAGUGGAAACAGCGCUUCCAACGACACUUCCGCCCGUGGUGGACGAGGUGGCCACGGCCGCAGCCAGAGCAUGGCUGUCGGACGCGGCGGUGGAAGUGCUGGCCGUGGCGGUCCUUCCUUCUCCUUCCCAGCUACCAGCGAGAACCCUACCAACCAGAACAACGGACAGCAGUCUGACUUCCAGCGCCGUGGCAGCCAAGGCCAUGGCAGGAGCCAGUCUCGCAACUUCGAGGGCAACUGGAGACAGCCCCAGAACAACACCCAGCAACAGCCUACGCAAGACAACCAGUCCCAAAACAUGGGCAACUUCAACAUGAACCAGACCGCCAAUGCCGCUCCUUUCCAGCCUGGCCACCGCACUCGUGGAUCGGUCAACCAGUCCGUUGGUUCCCUUGGCAACUUCCAGUACGGCGGCCAGCCUCAGAUGCAGAUGGGCAACCAGGCCCAGCUUCUCCUGCAACAGCAGAUGUUCGGCCAGCCGCUAAACCCCAUGCAGAUCGCUCAUUUACAGGCUCUCCAGGCCGCCCAGAUGCAGGGCGGCGGUCUCGGAGGCAGCCAGCAUGCGCCGCAGAUGGGCAUGCAGCAAAACCAGCAGCAGCAGCGCAAGACGCUAUUCACUCCUUACCUCCCACAGGCCACCUUGCCCGCUCUCCUCGGCGACGGCCAACUCGUUGCCGGAAUCCUCCGCGUCAACAAGAAGAACCGCAGCGAUGCUUAUGUCACAACUACUGAUCUGGAUGCUGACAUCUUCAUCUGCGGUAGCAAAGACAGAAACCGAGCUCUCGAAGGAGAUCUGGUCGCUGUCGAACUUCUUGACGUCGACGAGGUCUGGGGUCAGAAGCGCGAAAAGGAAGAGAAGAAGAAGCGCAAGGACAACGCAGACCCUCGCGGCGGUAGUAUCGCCGUCAACGAUGCCACUACCCAACCUGAGACUGGCUCUGAGGGUGGCAUCCGCCGACGUGGCAGUCUCCGCCAGCGACCCACACAGAAGAAGAACGACGAUGUUGAAGUCGAAGGCCAGAGCUUGCUCCUCAUGGAGGAGGAGGAGAUCAACGAUGAGCUCAAGCCUUUGUACGCAGGUCACAUUGUUGCUGUUAUCGAGCGUGUUGCUGGACAGAUGUUCUCAGGAUCCCUUGGACUCCUGCGUCCCAGCAGCCAAGCCACCAAGGAGAAGCAGGAAGCUGAGCGACAGGCUCGCGAGGGCAACUCCGGUCGCUCCCAGCCAGAGACCCAGAACAAGCCUAAGAUUGUCUGGUUCAAGCCAACAGACAAGCGUGUGCCUUUGAUCGCCAUUCCCACCGAGCAAGCCCCACGUGACUUCGUCGAGAAGCACCAAGACUACGCCGACCGCAUCUUUGUCGCAUGCAUUAAGCGAUGGCCCAUCACCUCUCUGCAUCCUUUCGGUACUCUUGUCGAACAGCUCGGUGUCAUGGGUGACCUUAAGGUGGAAACCGACGCACUACUGCGCGACAACAACUUUGGUCCAGAUGACUUCUCCGACGCUGUCAUCAAGAACGUCGGCUUUGAAGACUGGUCCGUCACCAACGACGGCGAGGAGGCGCUCGAGAGCCGCCGCGACUUCCGCAGCGAGGAGACCUUCACCAUCGAUCCCAACGGCAGCAAGGAGCUUGAUGAUGCCAUUCACUUCAAAUACCUUGAUGACGGCCGUGUCGAGAUUGGUAUCCACGUUGCUGAUGUUGCCCACUUCAUCAAGGCCAACUCGCUUGUUGACCGUGAGGCCAAGAAGCGUGGAACUGCGGUCUACCUUAUGAACCGCACCGUGAACAUGCUUCCGCCGCGUCUGUCGAACGACAUCUGCUGCCUCAACCCUGGCGAGGAGCGCUACACAGUCAGUGUCGUCUUCAAGGUCGAUCCUACCUCUGGUAAAAUCUCAGAUGAUGAGACCUGGGUCGGCAAGGCUGUGAUCAAGAGCUCUGGAAAGCUGUCCUACGACGAGGUCGACACCGUUAUCAACGGUAACGACGGUCCAGUCUCGGCAGCCCGUGCUAAGGACAUCAAGAUGCUGCAUCACAUCUCCCAGAAGUUCCGCCAGGCUCGCUUCGGCGACCGCUCCAGCGAUGUCAAGGCUCUGCGCCUCAUGUACCAGCUGGACGACGAGAAUGUUCCCGUCGAACAGAACAUCUUCGAUUCUUCCCCUGCCCACGAGUGCAUUGAGGAGCUCAGCCACCUCGCCAACACCUUUGUUGCGAAGAAGCUCGCCACUGGCUUGCCAGAGAAGGCUCUCCUGCGCCGUCAGCCUCCGCCUAACCCCCGCCGCUUGACGACCAUCGCAGAGCGUAUGGGUGCCAUUGGCUACGACAUCAACACCGAGAGCAGUGGCACUCUCCAGAACAGCUUGUUUGAGGUUGAAGACGAUGACAUCAGGAAGGGUAUGGAGACCCUCGUCAUCAAGUCGAUGCCUCGUGCCAAGUACUUUGUUGCUGGCAGGCUGCCUCAGGAUCAGUACCCUCACUACGCCCUGAACCUUCCCCUCUACACCCACUUCACCAACCCAUCCCGCCGCUACGCCGACAUCAUUGUCCACCGCCAGCUGGAGGCUGUCCUCUCCAACGGUGCCAUUGAGUUCACUGAAGACAUCGAGGCUUUGGCCAAGACUGCCGAGAUGUGCAACACCAAGAAGGACUCCGCCCAUGCUGCUCAGGAGCAGAGCGUUCACAUCGAGGCUUGCCGCAAGAUGGACAAGGUCAGGCAAGAGAGGGGCGGUGAUCUCAUCGCCGAAGGUAUCGUCCUUUGCGUGUACGAGUCCGCUUUCGAUGUCCUUAUUCCCGAGUGGGGCUUUGAGAAGCGCGUCCACUGUGACCAGCUUCCUCUUAAGAAAGCCGAGUUCGACAAGAACAAGCGUCUCCUUGAGCUCUACUGGGAGAAGGGCGUUCCAUCGUCCAACUACAUUCCCGAGGACGAGAGGCCGAAGCAUGGCUCACUCAGAUCCGCCAACGCUGCGGCUGCGGCGCGUGAUGCUGAGGCGGCUAAGCAACGUGCGAGGGAGCAGGAAGAGGCCCAGCGCAGGCAGAUGGACACUGGAACCAUGUCGACCAACGAGGAGGCUGCGUUGUUUGAUGAUGACGACGAUGACGACGACUCCAACGACCUCAACUCGAACAUGGCCGGUGUUUCUCUCAACCCUGACCGCCCGACUCAGAGCAUGCCUCCAUCGCCUACCCGCCGCGAUCUUGCUGGUGCUCCUCACCGUGUCAACUCCGACUCGAAGAUCGCCCAAAGCGCUGGUGAUGCUGCAGAAUCCAAGUUGACCAACAAGGAGAAGUACCUCAGCUGGUUCACUCUGCGCGAGCAGAACGGCGACUACAUCCAGGAUGUGCGGGAGAUGACACGCGUCCCAGUCAUCCUUAAGACGGAUCUGACGAAGAGCCCUCCUUGCUUGACCAUCCGAUCUCUCAACCCCUACGCUUUGUAG